CGCUAGCAGGUUCGAACGGCCCGGACGCCGCUGGGGCGGCCCAGGCUGCUGUGAGAGGGCGCUCGGGGCUGCUGGAAAGCCAGCUAGCGAAGGAGGCGGGGAGGCGGCGGCCGCGCUCGCUCGGCCGCUUGCUAGCUUGCUUCCCGGCGUCGCUGCAGGUCCGUCGCUGCGUUUCCUGCUCUCCUACUGCUCCGUUGCACGCCGUGGGGGCAACAGCCCAUCGACCCGGUCCCGGCUGUGUUUUGGAGUCGUGCGCACCGGUGGACCCAGAGCGCGGGUUGAGCCGGCGCCACACCUGUGGAGCCGGCGGCCGUCUAGGGUGCCGGCGGAGGUCCCGCGGCGAGCGUGCUCAGGGAGCCGGCCGCCCGAGCCCCGGGGGAGGCGCGACCCCUGGCAGGGCGCCGUGGGCAGCAUGGGGCUCCCCGCGCUCGAGUUCAGCGACUGCUGCCUCGACAGCCCACACUUCCGAGAGACGCUGAAGUCGCAUGAAGCGGAGCUGGAUAAGACCAACAAAUUCAUCAAGGAGCUCAUCAAAGACGGGAAGUCACUCAUCAUCGCGCUCAAGAAUUUGUCUUCAGCAAAGCGCAAGUUUGCAGAUUCCUUAAAUGAAUUUAAAUUUCAAUGCAUAGGAGAUGCAGAAACAGAUGAUGAGAUGUGUAUAGCAAGGUCUUUGCAGGAGUUCGCCACUGUCCUCAGGAAUCUUGAAGAUGAGCGAAUACGGAUGAUCGAGAAUGCCAGCGAGGUGCUGAUCACUCCUUUGGAGAAGUUUCGCAAGGAGCAAAUUGGAGCCGCCAAGGAAGCCAAAAAGAAGUAUGACAAAGAGACAGAGAAGUACUGUGGCAUCUUAGAAAAACACUUGAAUUUGUCUUCUAAAAAGAAAGAAUCCCAGCUUCAGGAGGCCGACAGCCAAGUGGACUUGGUCCGGCAGCAUUUCUAUGAAGUAUCCCUGGAGUAUGUCUUCAAGGUGCAGGAAGUCCAAGAGAGAAAGAUGUUUGAGUUUGUGGAGCCUCUGCUGGCCUUCCUACAAGGACUCUUCACUUUCUAUCACCAUGGUUAUGAACUGGCCAAGGAUUUUGGUGACUUCAAGACACAAUUGACCAUUAGCAUACAGAAUACAAGAAACCGCUUUGAAGGCACCAGGUCAGAGGUGGAAUCCCUGAUGAAGAAGAUGAAGGAGAACCCCCUGGAGCACAAGACCAUCAGCCCCUACACCAUGGAGGGGUACCUCUAUGUUCAGGAGAAACGUCACUUUGGAACUUCUUGGGUGAAGCAUUACUGUACAUAUCAACGGGAUUCCAAACAAAUCACUAUGGUACCAUUUGACCAAAAGUCAGGAGGAAAGGGGGGGGAAGAUGAAUCCGUCACCCUCAAAUCCUGUACACGGAGGAAAACAGACUCUAUCGAGAAGAGAUUUUGUUUUGACGUAGAAGCAGUAGACAGGCGAAAUGUAGACAUAGAGACAGACAUGCACACAGGAAAAUGCCCUGUGAACAUGAAAGCAGAGAUCAGGACGGUGGUCUCCAAACCAGCCAGGGUUAUCACCAUGCAGGCUUUGUCGGAAGAGGACCGGAGGCUCUGGAUGGAAGCCAUGGAUGGCCGGGAACCUGUCUACAACUCCAACAAAGACAGUCAGAGCGAAGGAACUGCACAGUUGGACAGCAUUGGCUUCAGCAUAAUCAGGAAAUGCAUCCAUGCUGUGGAAACCAGAGGGAUCAAUGAGCAAGGGCUCUACCGAAUUGUGGGGGUCAACUCCAGAGUGCAAAAGUUGCUGAGUGUUCUGAUGGACCCCAAAACAGCUUCUGAGACAGAAACAGAUAUCUGUGCUGAGUGGGAGAUCAAGACAAUCACUAGUGCUCUGAAGACCUACCUAAGAAUGCUUCCAGGACCACUCAUGAUGUACCAGUUUCAAAGAAGUUUCAUCAAAGCAGCAAAACUGGAGAACCAGGAGACUCGGGUCUCUGAGAUCCAUAGCCUUGUUCAUCGACUCCCAGAGAAAAAUCGACAGAUGUUACAGCUGCUCAUGAACCACUUGGCAAAUGUUGCUAACAACCACAAGCAGAAUUUGAUGACAGUGGCAAACCUCGGGGUGGUGUUUGGACCCACCUUGCUAAGGCCUCAGGAAGAAACAGUAGCAGCCAUCAUGGAUAUCAAAUUUCAGAACAUUGUCAUCGAGAUCCUGAUAGAGAACCAUGAGAAGAUAUUUAACACCCUGCCUGAUGUGCCACACAAUGCCCAGCUCCACCUGUCUCGGAAGAAGAGUGACUCCAAGCCCCCGUCCUGCAGCGAGAGGCCCCUGACGCUCUUCCACGCCAUGCAAUCGACAGAGAAACAGGAACAAAGGAACAGCAUGAUCAACUCCAGUCUGGAAUCUGUCUCAUCAAAUGCGAACAGUGUCCUUAAUUCCAGCAGCAGCUUACAGCCCAAUAUGAACUCCAGUGACCCAGACCUGGAUGUGGUCAAGCCCACCCGGCCCAACUCACUCCCCCCGAAUCCAAGCCCAACUUCACCCCUCUCGCCAUCUUGGCCCAUGUUCUCGGCGCCAUCCAGCCCUAUGCCCACCUCAUCCACGUCCAGCGACUCAUCCCCCGUCAGGUCUGUUGCAGGGUUUGUUUGGUUUUCUGUUGCUGCCGUUGUUCUCUCAUUGGCUUGGUCCUCUCUUCAUGCAGUGUUCAGCCUGCUCGUCAACUUUGUUCCCUGCCAUCCAAACCUGCACUUGCUUUUUGACAGGCCAGAAGAAGCGGUCCAUGAAGACUCCAGCACACCAUUCCGGAAGGCAAAAGCCUUGUAUGCCUGCAAAGCUGAACAUGACUCAGAGCUCUCGUUCACGGCAGGCACGGUCUUUGAUAACGUUCAUCCAUCUCAGGAGCCUGGCUGGUUGGAGGGGACUCUGAAUGGAAAGACUGGCCUCAUCCCUGAGAACUACGUGGAGUUUCUCUAACCAUGGGCCCCAGCAGAACUGCUGAGCUUUACAUGGUAUCCAUGACAACCGCUGAUUCCAGUGUUGUAGGCCAGUUCUCAUUGCCACUGAGAAAAGCAGGAAGGCUGACUCCAAUGCUACCUGUCGACAUGAAUGUUUCUGGGAACUCACGUCACCCAUCUCCACGAUCAUCUCAGCUGACGAGAGGCAAUACUGGAAGAAGCAGAAGGCAAUCAACAGAGGAGGCCAUUUGAUUUUGCUAACUUAAGAGAAAGGCUUGCAAAGCCAUUUUCUCAUGAGUGCCCUAAAUAGGAAGCACUGAUUUUGUUUCAACAGUCGUUCAAACCCCCAACCUUCUAAAAGAGGAAGUAAGAUAGAUGCAGUCCCCAUGAGCACACAGCAUAGCUAAGUUUGACAGAGCAGAGCAAAGAAACUGACACCAGGGUCUGGGCUGGGUCCCUUGCUUUUGUUUACAACAGUUGCUCUUUCUGUCCUGCCUCUAAUUCUGAAGACCCACAGUGCUGCAGACAGCUGGGUCUGUCUGUUUGCAUGCAGGAUGGAGAGGGGUUGCAGCUCUGUUUAUAUAAAGUCCAAUCUCUCACCAUCUCCAAAGCAGCCAUUGGCCCAUCAUCAGCAAAAUUCAGUCCAUUCCUCUUAUGCAAAGGAGCAUGCACACCCCCUCCUGAGCUGGAAACUUCUCUGCCAUUGAGGGCUGCCAUCACCUAGUAACCAUGGCAACCCAACCUACUCUAAAACCAAACCAAAAAAAGAACACACACCUCUUUGCAUGACACAAUUCCUCCCUCCCCAUUUGGGGUGUUUUGAAUGGUCUUCCAACAACCUGGAGCAGAGGAUCAAGGAAUUAGGGUCAUCUGCUUGGGGUGAACAGGAUAGCAGCUGGAAACUUGCUUUUCUGAUGAAUUUCAGAGGCAUCAGGAUAUAUUUGGAGCAAACUCUAGUAAUGUCUUGAGAUUACACAUAGGCUUAAUAUUUCUGUUCUUCAUAGAACUUAUUUGCCUUCUAGAGGGUAAGAUGCCUCCUUCCCAGUGGGUGACCAUCUGCCUUGUUCACUCGUGUCCUCCCAUUCACUUGGUCCUUCUUAGUCACUAGUCUCCACCCCUGCCCUUGGUGAUGACCACCUCUGGCCCUGCUGCAGUGCUUUGGCUGCUGAGUGCUGGUGCCCUGUGGUUUUCAGGGAUGCUUCCCAAGUUAACUCUGUGGUCUAUAGUUUAAAAGGACAUCUACAUUCACUGCCACCCAGAAAAAGGGAAUUAUUUCUCAGGCGUUUGAGUCUUGAGAAUAAUAGCGUAGGCCAUUGUGAUUCAGGAAGACACCAAAAGUUUGGGGCAUGGGCGCUGGAAUGGAUACCUUCUAAGAAAGAGAAUUUCCUACUCAGAAGGCUGGGUCUUGUGGAAGACUGUCUUGGAUGGGGAAGUUCCACCUGGACAUUUCAAACUCACGUGGCUUCCAAAGAACAGAGUCACCAUGUCUUCCACAUGUGAAUAUUCUUACAAGAAGGACUCUGGAAAGACAAACUAUAAAACGCCAAGCUCCCUGGAAGCCCCUUGGAUGGCAGCAUUGCUCCAGCGUGUCCUGUUUCUGGAAUUCCGUUAGGGACCUCUAAUGAAGAAGAAAAGAAAAACUUGAAUUGUGUUGAAUUACUGUAUCUUUUUCUUUCUUUUUUUUUUUUAAGAUAAACUUGUAAAUAGAGUGAUUUGAAAUACUAUAUGGCAAAGUUUUAUAUUUGAUAUUCUUUAAGCUAGUUGCUUCACAUGUUUAGGCUGUGAUUGCCAAACAAGUGUGUUUCAGAGUGAGAGAAAGGAGGCAGGGUGGAAGAGUCAAGGUCAUUGUCCCCUCUGGCCCAGCAGGAGAAGAUAUCCUCAUGCGCCUGCUCUCUGUUGGCUCCUGUUGGUGGGUACAGCAGAUUGAAGUGGUUCAGUCUUCUCUAUUCUGCUUGUGUUUUUGAGCAUUCCUUGGGCUUUGGAUUUGGAGAUGGAAAGGGCAUGUUCAGGCAAUGUGAUUUUCUAAGAAUGCCCACGUAACAGUAAGCUGGAGCUCAGGAUUUAAAUAAUUAGGUCCAGGGGCGAGAUUUUUUAUCUUUUGUUUUUGUUUUGGCUUGUCUUGUGUUUUUAUUCUCAGGUGUAUUUCUUGGCACCCCAAGGUAUUAGGACAGGAGAUGGGACACUUGGUUUACUCCUUACUUUCCUCUGCAUCCUCUAAGGCUUCACACACUAGGCCACUCUAGUUUGUAAAUUGUGUGUCUUUAAGUUUAAAACAAAAGAGCCAGCUGCUCAGAAUCUCUAGUUCUUGAUGUGCUGCUGCUUCCCCUUUCCUCCUGCUCCCUUUUACCUCGAGAUUUCCUGUGACCCCCCCCAAAUAAGAAUAAGAGGGAUUAGAUUGUGCCAUUAAGGUUUUCAAGAUGGCUUUGAAGCUAAUGGAGUUUGUGAUUCACUAUUCAGUUUAUCAGCUCAAGGAUUAUGCAACUGAUAUCAAGGAACUCACCAGAAGCAAGUGAGACAUCACCCUUGAAUCAGUCAGAGAACAAGAAUUAAGCAUGGACAAGACCGAGACAGGAUUGAAGAAAGCUAUUGUUGAAAACCCAAGGAGAAAAGGAACAUACUAAUAGGUGCCCAACCUGUUCCUUGUGAACUUGUGAACAAGUCGGGAGAUUACGUGCACACUUAUUUACAUAUCACUGUGCUUUCCAUAUUGAAAGAGCCCAGAGUGAUGCUUUUGAUGCAUCUGAUGUUUUCAAUUGUCACCUGCCCCUUCAUACCUGGAGUUAAUGUGGAGGAACAGAAGGCCGAGACCCCUCCUUGGGGAGUUUUCUUGGUGGAACACACUAUACAGCCACUCGGCCCCAGCUUGAGUACUUGGCAGCAUGUCCUUCCCUGCUGAGUUGGCCCUAAUUUGAAGUUUCUACCAAUGGAAUAUUUUAGGCAGACACUUCCAGCUUCCCUGAAGGCAUACUGGGCCUAUGAUAGCUGUUCUGUGUCCCUUCCCCUAUCCAGGCUUCCCUCCCCAUUCACUGAAGAACUAGAGAAACUGUUCAGAAUGUGAACCAACAAGUAGGAAGGAACUUUAAAAUUAAAAUGAAUUUUAAGCUGGGCACAGUGGCGUAUGCCUGUAAUCCCAGUGGCUUGGGAGGCCUAGGCAGGAGAAUCUCAAGUUCGAAGCCAGCCGCAGCAACUUAGUGAGGCCAUAACCAACUUAGUGAGAUCCUGUGUCAAAAAAUUAAAAAAAAAGGUGGGGGUGGCGGGAAAUGUGUCUGAGUGCUUAAAUGCCCAGAGUUCAAUCCCAGGUACAAACAAAUAAAAACAAAAUUUUAGUCUCUUCAUUAUUCAGGCCUCCCACCCCUAACUCUUUCUGCUUGAAUAGGGAACUCUAAGGUAGAUUAGGGAAAUGAAUUGAUAUCAGAGAAGAUCACUGAUGAAGAUCCCAAAGCUUUUCUUGGAACCUUGAGUUUCCUUUGUAAGACCCAGGGAUCGGUUACUUGCAGCCUGCAUCUUUGAGGAGUAUCAAACUCUGCCUUUCUUAACUCUUGCAGGCACUCCCAGGAGCCCACAACUAAACAAUGCCAUGGCAGGAGAAGAUAACUUGCUUCAAAUCCCUGCUCCCAGGCAAAAUCCUGACUUGUGCAAGACUAAUGGAAUUCCAGUUUUUCCAAAUAAACACGUUAAGCGUGGACCCUGUGCCAUACCUGCAGCUCAAAGGAAAGUCCUUCUGUCAUCUGAGUUUGUCCCCCAAAAUGGUUACACUGAAAGCUCCAGAGACGUUCAUGUUUGAGGGGCAGGGAAGCAGAAAGGAUGCUGCAGGUGACCAUUUAUUGGUGCCUUUGUCCUCUGACUUCUGUUUCUAAAAGCAAGUUUGGAUCAGAGUUUUAUUAAUGGAACUCCCAGGUGUGCCAGUGGCCACCAUGUCACCAUUUUCUGCUCUGUAUUGGAUGUUUUAUGAGCAACCUUAUUCCCCAAGUAGGUAGCCAGCACUGAAGGAACCAAAGCCUCUUAGCUGCCUGGCUUUCAGAGGAAUGUCCUAGGUGUUCUGUCUAGGGAGUUAUCUAUCAUCUCUGGCAAAGUUGACAAUAAUCAAUUAUGCUGACAGUCCUGCCCCACAUCCCUUUAAAGUCAGCCAGGUGCCCUCUCACACACCCUGUGCUGGUGUUUAAAAAAUGUAUCUUGUGCUCAACUGUGUUUGGCAGUCACACUGAUCUUCUGGGUGCUGAACCACUUCUCUGCACUUGUAGCAUCAAAAUGACAACAGCACAGAGCAGGAAACCUUGCACAAUCCUGCAGCAUGCCUGAGACACUUCAGCAAGUAAUAAUUAACUUUCUUCCUUUUGCCGCCUACAGUACUUGUCUAACUGAAGAGCUUCCCAAAGCAGACAGACAGGCCACAUAGAGAAUCCAGAUGUAAUUCAGAGCCAGCCCUUGCUGAAAUGUGGUCUCUCAUGGAAGCACCUGUGUUCCUGAGAGAAAAAGUAUUGGAUGUAAAGUAACACCAGGACCAGGGAGAGUGGUGAACUGUACUGAAAAACACUGGAUUAUUUUAGAGGGAUAAAAUAUUGUUUUUAACGGAGAGGGAAAAAAUUACAGAAAAAUUUCAUAACUAGUAUUCUUACAAAAGCUUGGCAGGCAGGACUAUUAAAAGUGAAAGUAUCUUUCAAUAUGGAGUGCUUUAGAGAGCAGACAGCACAGUCCUAGACCCAUGGAAGGAUAAUAGUUUAAACAUUGGUCAAAAUUCACAUUAGUAUUGAUAAACAAAAUGCCCGAGUUCCCUGGAGCAGCGCUGCUGAGGCUAUGACAGUCUGUCAUUCUACAUCAUUCAUUUCUACAGAGUUGUCCAAGUGGACACUUACAAGCAGCUUUCUUGGUUAUCCAGAUGCCAGGAUCAACCUUGUAUCUGUGAAAAGAUAUAUCUCAUGAUUCUAAGGUAUAUAUGUAUGCAUUUGUGUGUGUGUGUGUGUGCACGCGUGUAGACUCAUACAAAGACCCACAUGAGGAGGCUGUUGAUUGCCUAGCAAAAGAUCAAAGAUGUAAAUUAAGUGCCAUUUAAAAACUGUGUUCAUAUUUAUCAGGUAGUAGUAUCUGCAGCUAUGUUCCUUCUUAACUUAUUAAAAGUCAUGUUGAAAAAAAGAUCAGUUCCAUAAAAACUUAGUAGCAAAUGCUAGACUAGUGUUCAAAAACACUCUAAAAGACAUUGUGUCCAUAUUUUGGCAAAGAAGCUAUUUGCAUGUUUAAUUCAUAAUUUAGAUUACCUCUGAGUAUACUGUAAAAUGCUGUGUGAUAUAAUAUCAAUAAAGUACUUAUAAAAUGGCACUUUAAUGUUUUCUUUAAAAAACAAAGAAUGUACUGUUUUAAACUUCAAUAUUGAAUAUUGACUGGUGCAGAGAACCAGUUUCCAUAAUUAAGAAGUAAUCUGUGAUAGGAUAGAACUUUUCCCCUAUUAUUAGAAAAACAUUUUACUGUGUUCAGACUUUUAAAAAAAAUGUGCUUUGGUGUCAUAUGUGUAUCUAUAAAGAACACACAACUUGGGUUAAGCAGCCUCUGAAACUCGGCAUUCUUCCAUUUGCUUGGUUAUGUGACAAUCCCUUUGAAAUAAGUGGAAGUAUGACUUUUGAAUUAAAUGACUUUUCCAUUUGGUGGUAUGUUUGUUUGAGUUUCUGAUAGUUUUGGCUCAAAACAUUUUAAUAUUUCUUCCAAUAAACAUGUAGACUGUGAUCAA